CAGCGCUUGUAUCAUUCAGUUGGCAGCCAUUUUUUUUCACGAAUAGCAAGAAAUCUAGAGCUUAGCGAGUCAGAUAGUUUUUAAUCCGAAAACGCGUUAAGACACCAGCACUGUAGUUAUAGAUUUAAAAAAGUCUGCUGCCGAGGGCGUAAAGUCGAAAGACGUUUGGAGACGGCAAACGAAGACUGUAUUUUCCGCCCCAGACUCGAAGCUUGGCGGAGGGAUUUAAGGGACUUUAGCACGCAUUUUAAACCAAAAAGUCACCGUUCUGCAAACAGCAGUGGGUUUUUGUUAAAUAUAUUUGUUUAAUAGUGCGUGUCCGACUUUCUCUUAGGUCUGUGCUUUUAUUUAGAUGGCAAGCUUCCCAGACUGUGUGAACGAAAAUGAUAUAGGUAAGGCAAAGUUCAUUGGUGAACUCUUGGUGCCUGCUGCACCCUUUGACCAGAAGUCUGGGCGCGAGGCUUGGACAGUAGCCUUUGCACCCAAUGGUUCCUACUUCGCUUGGUCUCAGGGGCAUCGCAUUGUCAGGCUUGUUCCUUGGACGAAAUGCCUGAACAACUUUUCAGUGGGCCAUGGAGAAGAAAGCACCAAUGCUUCGAGCCCUAGGCACUUGGCUCGUCGGAACAGCAACGAAUGCCAGGUAGUCCCAGCGGCAGGCCAGCCUCCUGAACACACCAUAGACUGCGGGGAUAUUGUCUGGGGCUUGGCCUUCGGGUCCUCGGUACCAGAAAAGCAGAGCCGCUGUGUUAACAUCGAGUGGCAUCGCUUCAAGUUUGGCCAGGACCAGCUGCUCCUGGCAACGGGCCUCAACAAUGGUCGCAUCAAGAUCUGGGAUGUUUACACUGGAAAACUGUUGCUGAAUCUGAUGGACCAUACAGAUGUAGUGCGAGACUUAACUUUUGCUCCUGAUGGCAGUCUGAUGCUGGUGUCUGCGUCCAGAGAUAAGACCCUUCGUGUAUGGGAUCUCAAAGAUGAUGGUAACAUGGUGAAGGUUUUGCGGGGGCAUCAGAACUGGGUGUACUGCAGCGCCUUCUCCCCUGACUCUUCCAUCCUGUGCUCAGUCGGUGCAGGCAAAUCGGUAUUCCUAUGGAACAUGGAUAAGUUCACGAUGAUCCGAAAGUUGGAGGGACAUCACCAUGAUGUGGUGUCUUGUGAGUUUUCACCAGAUGGUGCACUGUUAGCUACCGCCUCUUAUGACACCCGGGUGAUUGUCUGGGACCAUCACAAGGCCACAGUCCUCCUGGAACUGGGCCACCUCUUCCCCCCUCCUUCACCCAUUUUUGCUGGAGGAGCAAAUGAUCGCUGGGUUCGCUCUGUGAGCUUCUGCCCUGAUGGACGACACAUCGCCAGUGUUACCGAUGACCGGCUGGUUCGCUUCUGGAGCAUUGAAGAAAGGGCUCCUCUGGCCAUUGCGCCUCUCUCUAAUGGCCUCUGCUGUGCCUUCUCUGCCCAAGGAAGUGUCCUUGCUACUGGGACUCGUGAUGGGAGUGUGCACUUCUGGGAGUGUCCUCGUAGCAUUGCCAGUCUGCAACACAUGUGCCGGAUGGCUCUCCGUCGAGUGAUGACCACCCAGCAGGUGGAGGCCCUGGCUAUUCCCACUCCGCUCCGUGACUACCUGACCUACAAAGUGAUCUGAUCCUUGGCACUGGCUGAUCUGACUGCAGUUUGUCGCAGCAGCAGCACACUGAUAAACCAUUGACAUCCUUAUUUUCUGAACAGCUUUUCAUCGAACUCUGGACAGUCUAAAGAGAUCAGGACUGGAAGAAAAAAAUUUUACUGAAAGCCCAGGGCCAUGUCCUUGCCUCAGCCCCCCCACCAACUUAUCUUGUACAUAUUUAUUUUUGUAAGUGCUUUUGUAAAUGAGUGAAGAGCACCCUUACCUGUAAGGUCAAGGUCUUUCUGGGCUGUCAGGUCUCCUGCUCCAUAUCAAUGUGGUAUCUCAGUUUGGUAAGUGUUCAGCUGCUCUUCCAGCCGCCUCAGCUCUCCACCUGCUUCAUUAAGCUCUUCGUUGGUUCCUCGGACCUGGAAUGGCUGUUGCAUUUAGCAGAGGGGCUUACUUUUAAUGUUAGGCUUUCUUUUUUACUUGGUUGUGGGAACUAAAGGGAAAAGGCUUGGAAUGGAGGGUCUUGAAGUACUCAGAUCUUAUUGAUACUAAGUAUAUAAUCAUGCAGUUUUGGUCUCUUUACAGAUAUUCAAUAUUUCUCUGAAACAGUAUUUGCACUACUAUGAUAUACUCACUCUGAAAACCACGUAGUAGCUUUUAUUUCUGGUACAACAGCAUUUGCAAGUAAAAAUUGUUAGCCAUAGAUCCUGAGUGACAGGGCCUCCACCUGCUAGGUGCUCAUUACUUGGCAAGAAAUGAAGUGGCUACUAAUGUUUCUCCCCAAGCUGAUGGAUACCAGAGUUGGGUGAACUGCAAACAUGCAGCUGUAACCUUCUCACAGAUCACCCGAGUGUGUCUACAGUACGGUUGAAUUUUGCAGUGUGCCCUGCCUGAGGAUGUUACAGAGACCAGUGUUAGCUCGAGCAAAGUGACUGUGUACAAGUUCAAAUACAAUCUAACACAAUCAUGUGUGAACACAUGAUACAAAAAUGUGUCAUGUCCAUAAACAUAUCAAAAUUGACCUUUUUAUCACUAUAUUUUGUCCUUUUUAUAUCGACUACUUGUGUUGAAUUUUAUACUUUUUGUUCUUGUUCUCCCUUAAACAGCUACACAACUCACUGCUGUGUUUUUCUGGCUCAGAUUUAGACUGGUAGUGCUCUUACACUCUAUAUAAAGUAAUUACAGUAAGCAGUCUUUACAAUCUAAAGUAAUCAAAACCAAUCGGCUGCCGUCGUGGGCCGUCUGGUGUCAGACCUUCAUACUCACUGAACAUGGGCAGAUGCAGCAUUUGUAGACUCUCCUUGAUCCUCUUAUCGUUUUCGGUUGUCUGUGAGAAGAAAUGUGAGCUCCAGGUGUUUUUGGUUCUUUUGGCCUUCUGAAGAAAGGUGGGUAGAGCAGCUGUCAGUCUUUCUUGGCAAUAAGUUCUCUGACAGUUCUAAUGCCAAAGUCUCAUCCUUUCAGGUAGUGUGGAAGUGGUUGGGUUGCUAUAAUUUCUGCUGAUAAAGUGUUAAUUGUGUGAGUGGGCUUCAGAACCUUUAUGGGCUGCCAUUACAUGAUGUUCAUAUACCUGUUACCUUUGUGACUGGAGAAAUACAUUCCUGCCUCAGAUGCAGUAUGAACCCGUAAAUUAUUUCAAAAAUACACGAAUGUAUUAGUUUCCUGCAAUCUUCUUGUACAACUUUUUUGUGUAUUUCAAUAAAGGCUUUUUUGGCA